AUGUCGGCGUCCGGAACGGCUACCGCGUCCCAUUCGGCGUCUGCAACCUGCAAUUACUCCGGGCUAGAAGCCAUCUUGAACUGUGGCGCUGGUAUUGGUGCCAACAAUGAGGGACAGACCGUGGGAGCCCUGGUGGCAGCCCUUGCGGCCUCGUUUGCGUCCCUGGGCGUGCAACUUCUGCUAUUUGUAAUCUUGCGACUGCGACUCACAAGGAUAUAUCGACCCAAAUCAUACCUGGUGCCCGAAAGAGAGCGCCUUCCAGAACCUCCAGGAGGCAUCGUGGGCUGGUUGUAUCCGCUCUUCAGCACUUCCAACUUGACCCUCAUCCAGAAAUGCGGUCUCGACGCCUACUUUUUCCUGCGAUUCUUGCGCAUGCUCCUGAAGCUGUUCCUUCCUACCGCCCUCCUCGCCAUCCCCAUCCUGUUGCCGCUCAAUCACACUGGCGGCGGCGACUCGAGUGGCUUGGACGAGUAUUCAAUUUCGAACAUAGGGGAGACACAUCUCCGCAGGCUUUGGGCACACUGCAUUCUAGCCAUCUUGUUCAUUGGAUGGUUCUUCUACGUCGUGUUUAAGGAACUGAGAGGCUACAUCCGCGUGCGACAGGCUUACCUCACGAGUCCGCAGCACAGAAUUCGAGCGUCAGCCACUACCGUGCUUGUUACUGGCAUUCCACGCAAAUGGCUUACGCUUGAAGCUCUGUCUGGCCUUUACGAUGUGUUUCCAGGUGGUAUUAGGAACAUUUGGAUCAACCGUAACUUUGACGCGCUGGCGGACAAGGUGAAACUUCGUGAUGAGAUUGCUAAGAGCCUGGAAGGUGCGGAAACGGAUCUCAUCAAAGCCUGCCGAAAGAAGCACGCCGCAGCGGAAAAGAAGCGAGCGAAGGAGGAAGGCCGCAAGAGCAAGACCAAGGAGGAGAAGAAGCAGGACAAAGCUGCAGAAGAUACGGCUGCAGAGCAGUUGGCACAAGGAGCGGGUACCAGUGCCGGCGAAAUACACGAAGUUUCUCACGGGAUGCAGGAUGUCUUGGACGAGGGGGAGCGCCAGCACGAGAACUACGACAAGGCAUCUUACAAUCCUUUCGGAAUUGUUGGCCAAGGAUUCGACGCCGUGGGUCAUGGCUUAGGGACCUUUGGCAAAGGCAUUGGCAAGUUCGGGAAAGGCGUUGUGGGAGGUGUCGACUCGGGGAUUCAUAGGACGGGCGAGAACUUUAACAAAGCCACUGAACGUGCGAACGCUGGUGGUCUCGGAGGAUUUGUUAUGGACGACUCUCUUUACCGGACCCGCAACGGCAGUGACGACCCACACAAGCCUGCUCAUGGCACAAGAGCCAGUCCACGGAUGGCUUAUGGUGCGCACGUCGACACAAUGCCGCGCGCAACACGGCAUCCACUUGCGGUGUCGCCAACUACUUCGGAAGAGGUCCACAGUGACGAGUCUGUGGGUGCAUCGGGAACUCACACAACGCGACCGUCUGGGGACUCGAAACCAAAAAUGAGCAUGCAGAUUGAAGAGCCAGCUGCUCACCAAGGCAAGAAGAAGUUUGAGCACCGCAUUCUCGGGUUGUUCAGGCGUGACGACAAUUCAAUUGCUCUUCCAUCCCCUCAGCCCCAUAUCCAGGAAGAGGACGAGUUCCCAUUGCGUCUUCCCAACGAGAAAUCCACUGCUACUCCUACCACGGAAGAAGUCUCGAAGAGCAAAUGGGCAGAGAAGCUAGCCUUCUGGAAGAAGAAGAAGAAGAAAGAAAAAGAAGAGGAGGAGGAGGAGGAGAAGGAAGAGUACCCUGUUGCCAUCAACAAGGAGUGGGACGAAGACCCGGAUGCAGAGCCCUACUGGCGGAGAUUCAUUGAGCCAAAGGAUCGCGAGACGAUGAGAUUACCCUUGUUUAGCCCAACUUGGUUUCCAGCUAUCCCCUUUGUUGGCAAGAAGGUCGACAAGAUCUAUCACUUGCGCCGGGAACUGGCUCGCCUGAAUGUGGAGGUGGAGACUGACCAGGACGAUGUGGAAAAGUUUCCAUUGAUGAACUCUGCUUUCAUUCAGUUCAAUCACCAGGUCGCCGCUCACAUGUGUUGUCAGUCUCUCAGUCAUCACAUCCCGCAGCAAAUGUCACCUCGGCUGGUGGAAAUCAGUCCCCACGACGUGAUCUGGGACAAUAUGGCUAUCAAAUGGUGGGAACGAUACGUCCGCUUCGGCAUUGUCGUUGUGGUCUGUGCCGCACUGAUCAUCUUCUACGCUAUUCCGGUCGCUUUCACCUCCUUGCUGAACAACAUCAGCAACCUGGCGAAAAUCGUCAGCUGGCUGGCUUGGCUCAACGACGCUCCUGGUUGGGUAAAGUCCAUAAUCCAGGGUGUUCUGCCCCCUCUUCUCCUGAGUUUGAUCCUUCUGCUGGUGCCCAUCAUUUUCCGACUUCUGGUCAAGCAGCAAGGCGUCGCAACCGGAAGUGCAAAAGAACUCGGAGUACAGAUCUGGUACUUCACCUUCUUGUUCAUCCAGGUUUUCCUCGUCGUCACGAUUACCGGAGGCUUGACGAGCUUCUUCUCGAAUGCGGCUUCGGACCCGGCAGGUGUUGUGCGCACCCUGGCUACGAACUUACCAAAAGCUUCCAACUACUUCUUCUCCUACCUGACAGUGCAGGCUCUGUCAAACUCCGCCAGUGCUCUUUUGCAGACCGGUAGCUUGUUCGCUUGGUUCCUCCUGGCUCCUAUGCUUGAUUCCACCGCACGCGCGAAAUGGAGACGACAAACCAACUUGAAUAACGUCCAGUGGGGAACCUACUUUCCACCCUUCACCAACUUCGCUGCUAUUGGCAUUGUGUAUUCGAUCAUCUCGCCACUCAUCCUGGUCUUCAUGCUAUUCAUAUUCAGUUUGUUCUGGAUUGUCAACCGGUACAAUGUCCUCUUCGUCUUCCAAUUCCGCAACGAUACGGGCGGUCUCUUAUUCCCUACAGCUAUCAAUCAGCUUUUCACAGGAGUCUACGUCCUGGAGCUGUGUAUGAUUGGCCUGUUCUUCACGCUGACAGACGCACACGGCAAUCUCGAAACCGUUCCUCAGGCAGUCAUCAUGAUUUUCGUGUUGGUUUCGAGUAUGCUUUACCAGUACUUGUUGAACCAAGCUUUCAAGCCUCUGUUCCAGUACCUACCUAUCACACUCGAGGACGAGGCUGUGAUUAGGGAUGAGGCAUUCGCGAGAGCGCAGGCCAGCAAGUUCGCACCACUGAACCAAACCCUCGGCGAAGGCGAGGACGCUCGAGAUAUUCAAGAUGUACUCGAGGAUCACGAACGCGAAGAGGACGACGCGGACGGAGCCGCCGAGGAGGCCGAGAAGAGGCGAAUUGAGGGCCGUAGGAAGAGCCAUGCGUCCGCGACCUCCUCACCCGAGGCGAGGAGACAAGUGUCUUUGCCCACCAUGAAAGAUAGCUGGCAUCGUCGCAAGGACGCAAAACCGCUCUGGGCCACGGAGAAGUGGAAGAAGGUCGCCCCCGAGGCUGUGAACACGCUGCGCUUCUUGGCGGACGGCAGACGUGCUGACCAGGAUCAAGAGAGGCGCGAUCCCGAAUCGCAGCAUACUGUCGGCGACAUCCUCUUCUCUGGCUUCGCCGAUGAACUGGAAGAUCUUACCCCGGAGGAGCGCGACCUGCUCGUCCGCUAUGCGUUCCAGCACAGCGCACUUCGUGCCAGACGUCCUGUCGUAUGGAUUCCGCGGGAUGCACUCGGCGUAAGUGAUGAUGAGAUCAAGCGAGCGAAGAAGAUGAGCACGGUUGAAGUUGAGGAGGAGAAGGGCAUGAAGAGGGACAGGACGAACAUCUGGAUGAGUAACGAGGGUACUGCUCUCGAUGGCAAAGGCCGCGUGGUGUUCCGUCGCAGUCCGCCUGACUUCAGUAAUGUUGAUCUCAUUUUUCUGUGA